AUGGGGCAUGCGCAGUCUCGUCUACAGCGCGAUUCCCAGCAGAGGCGCGCUCGUCGCAACCCGGGUACGUCCGGCCAGUCGAGAUCUUCCUCGCCGGCAGCCUCGUCUACAAACGCAGAGAACAGGGGCGUAGCUGAUGCUCAUCCUCAUGGGGGAAGCCGCAAGCGACGUCGGUGUUCUGCCUCUCCUGAUCCUCAGACCGCUUUGACACAUCAAGAUCCGCCUCUGACUCAACGACGCAGAACGACUCAGGCCUCCAGCAGCAGCGUCACCAGCGAUGCCAUCACAGUUGCCCAAUCAACAGCGGCAGCAAGUGAUGCGAUGCAGGUGGAUGAGGUACCCUCCUCGAGUGCAACCUCAACUUCUCUGCAACCAACAGCCGGUCCACAAGCCACAGCAAACAACGCAACAGCAGCACCAUCGUCUCAGUCCGAUUUUCAGCAGAGAUUCAAUGCCAUUCAGUCAGGCAACGCCUCGCCCUCCGAAGGCGACAGUGGCGCCACGCCUCCUCCGUACCUUGAUGCAUUACGCCAAGAGCGAGAGCGUGCUCGUCGACAAAUCCUCGAGGCCUUAGGCGCUGCAGCACCCGCAGUUGCCGCCGCAUCUGCACCAUCGACGACAGAUCAAUUAACCACAGCGCCAGCCCCGCUUCCAUCAACUACCCCGAACACAGCAGCUCUGCCCUCGCAAACGAUGGCCUCUGCGACCAUCGCUGCCUUGCUUGGAGCUAUGGCGACUGGCCAUGCACCACCGGGCAUCCCAGCCAUCCCUAGUCAGACAGAUUCGGCGACAACAUCCCAGUCGACGGCUGAAGCUGCGGCCGCUCCUGCUACCGGAACGACGUCUGCCUCUGGCUCCCAGGCUCAGCAACAGCAGGAUCCUUCUGGCCCUAGAUCACAAGCCAUCCGUAUUCCUUUGCAGCCGGAAAUGAUCAACGGUACUUCCAUGGUGGUCCAAGGUGCACUCGUCGCUCGAACUAUUCCCAACCGCGCUGCUUCUGUCACAGACGAUUCUGCACCAACUUCAGCUACCAGACAGGAGGCGGAUCAGCAAGCGGGUUCGAGUGCAGCAACCGCAGUCCCACCUGCAUUCGGCGAGUCGCAAAGCUCAGCCGGUAGCUCUGCAAGACGACCCGAUGCAGCCGGAUUGACACCGGAUGGCGAAGAUACGCGAGGUGCUGUGACGCUGGAGGAGCAGGCAGUCAUGCUCAGCCGCAUUUUGGGCAUUGCAGCUGCAGCUACUGCUGCCUCGUUGCUCAACACGUCCGAGUCUCACCAUGUGGAUCCCUCUUUACUUCAAACCAGUCUUCGUCGUCCUUUCGAACGACGCAUGAAUCAGACUUCAACCGACCGCAACGAGCGAUGGCUCGGUGAUUGGCAGCGUUCGCGUCCCAGCACCGAAAGAGCUGCUUCCUCCGGCUCAGGCGAUGACACAAGUGGACUGCAGCAGAGCGGCGCGGGUACUGUCGCAGGUCUCGGCAACGGCCUUCGUCGCCGGUUGUCGGCUCUGUCACGUCGAGUCAGUAGUUCCACCCUCAGCUCCGUUCCGCCGAACCAAGACGCUCCAACGUCUCCCUCGGGCACUACCGCUGCUUCUGCCACUGACACCGACGCUGCCAACACAGUGAUCUCAAGGCAGCAAGAGAUCAUUGCUCAUCUUCUCAGUGCAGCAGAACGCCAAGCCGCUUCGCAACGUCGAGGCCGGGUUGAUUCUGCUCAGGAGCCAUCGACCAGAGCAACUUGGUCAGAAGCCGUUCGAUCGCGCUCUUCGAGUCUCAGCUCGUCGCAACCACAGACCACGUCUUGGCAAGAGAAUUCGCCUCGAAGCAGCCUCUCUCGGCUUGUUCGAUCGACCAUCGGCACAUUCAUGCACCCAGGCCGCCUUCUGCCCGGUCGCUCCCGUUCGGACGGUCCGUCGCCGGCGAGUUCCGAAAGCACUCGAGAUGGUUGGACAACUGCGGGCCGAGCUUCUGGCUCCACUGCCGCACCGUCAUCAGAGUUUCCGCUUGGUAGCAAUGAUGUUGCGGGCACGCUGCGUCAGGUUCGAAAUGGCGUUCUACCCGACGGCGUGCCGGGCAGUUUCGGCAGCUUUCUCAACCAUCUGGUGCGCGAUCUGAUGGCUGCUGUACAGCUGAUGCGGCCCUCGAGCGAAGUUCCAUUGGAGCGAUCUGAGGCUCAGACAACCAACUACUUUGAACACGCUACGCACCGUGACACAACCUCUGGAGCCGAGGUUUUGGACGGAGAAGGCGGUGAGGCCACUGCUACGGCCAGCUCGACUACGACCGCAGGAACCUCGCAUGCACAGGCUCAGCAAGGCUACACUUCAAAUUCGGGCCCCAACGAGACACGCGACUCUUCGCAGACCAACACUGAGCGAGUAGACGGCGAGACACAGGCUAGGCGUGAACGAGACUUUCAGAAUGGCAAUCUCUCUUUCUUCCGUCUCUUCCGAUUUGAUCCUGUUGCUCCAUCGCAGCUGGUCCCAUGCAUUGUCGUCGGUGUACGCAGUCUCAACGUCACUGAGCGUUUCGGCGAGGAGAUGCUUGGCGCAAGAGCUGCAGGUCCCGGACGGGAGUUCAAUGGUUCGCGUCAACAGACUUGGCAACCCACCACACUAGGUUCUGAUCGACCGACAACCUCAACGUUCCGUCAGCGAGCUCAAUCAGAGGGCGCCCAAGCUGCUCCCACCACUGCAGCUUCCGCUUCAGCACCUUCGGCACCUUCGGAUGGAGAAGCAGCAGAUACAAAUGGCCAAGAGCUGCCUGCAUCGCGUUUCAUGCUUUUCGUCUCUGGCGGCCGCUACCCACCCAAUCACCCUCUGCUGACCUCGAACCCAGCCACAGCAGGUCGUGAUUUGAUGAUACUAAUGGACCUGCUGAGCACCAUGCAGGCAAUGCAGCACAAGCCCAGCACGGUGACACAACAAGAGAUUGACGCAAGCGAGCUUCGCAAGAUCAAAGGCUCCGAGGUGGCUGCUUUGGUUCGAUCCGGUGACAUUACCGAAAACAUGGCAGAGCGCUGCUUGGUCUGUCUGGAAGACUGGAAGGAUGACGACGAAUGCCGCAUCAUGGCUUGCAAGCAUGCUUUCCACACUCUCUGCGUCGACAAAUGGAUGUCAAAGUCUUCCAACACUUGUCCCAUGUGUCGUCGCCAGGGUGUUGCCAAAGACGGUCGACAUGCCGAUCAAGAGACGGCCGAUUCGCAGCGAGCAGCACAGGCCUGA